GUAGUUGUGUAGUGUAAUACUCCGGCGAUGGGUGAGUGUAAACUUGUUCGCCGACGCCGGGCUUCCAGGCCACCCUCUUCUCCUAGAGGGAGUACGUCAUAAAUUUUAGUGAGGUUGCGCGGCGGCACGUUUUAACGGCGUACACUAGUACAGCGAAGCAUAGGUAGGUCGAAUUGUGAGUGAGAGAGGAGCGCAAGUGGAGUUGAAGGAACGACGGAGCGAACUAAACCUCCGGAUCGACUCAUACGAGUUUAACGUUCAGUUUGAACCGAGCUUCGUGAGCUCUAGUGUCUGUUCAACGUCAAAUUUGCUUGCAUCCGUUCCGCUCCCCUCAACCCUCUGAAUUUCCAGCGCAGUCAGUACAGUCCAGCCGGAUAGCUUAACAGGAUGUCGGAAGAGCAAAAGUCCAGCUAUAAGUUAAUUUACUUCAAUGCCCGAGGAAGAGCCGAGCACAUCCGUUACAUUUUCGCACACGCCGGUGUGGAUUACAUCGAUGAACGAGUCCCCAAGGAGCGCUGGCCAGAAGUUAAGAGAUCAAUGCCGUACGGAAUGCUGCCGGUGCUGGAGAUUGACGGAAAACCAAUAGCCCAAAGCAAUGCAGUGGGAAGAUUUCUCGCCCGUAAAUACGGACUUGCAGGUCAAAAUGAGUGGGAGUCGAUGCUUUGCGAUGUACUCGUUGAUACUCUCGGGGAUCUUAAGUUGGCUAUCAAAAAUCCAUUUACUAACACAAAUAAAAGUUUUUUUUUAAAUAAAUUUUAUACUUUAAAUAUUCGGAAAACAAUAGAGUUGACAAAAUUUUGUCCAACUUUUCAGUCUUUGAUAUUUCAGUACAGAACGGAAGAAGAUCCUCUAAAAAAAGAAGAGAAGAAGGUCAAGCUCCUUAAAGAAACAAUACCUUUCUAUCUUAACAAGUUUGAGCAAACAAUCGUUGAAAAUGGCGGAUUUGCCGUCGGCUCAGUAACAACAUGGGCGGAUUUUGUUUUGGCAGUGGCUCUUGAGAAUUUCGAGCAAAUUUUUGGUGUAGCUGCUCUGGAUAAUUAUCCAGGACUUCGUGGAUUAAAACAACGAGUUCACGAGAUUCCAGAGAUUGUCGAGUGGCUUGCGAAACGGCCGCUAACUGAUUUUUAAAGUAAACGCUCUUAGCUCGUCUUAAUCAGCGAAUACUAACAACUCCCAACACAACUCAACUCAACUUUAUAUUUAAUUAAUUAACGAGUCAAUAAUAUUCCAAAGAGCCAAGUAUUGUAUUUAUUUUUAUUUACCACCUACAAUUUACUUGGCUUGCGCCCAUUUAUUUUCAUUAAAUUCAUUAUAUCAUGAUAUACGUACAAAUUGCUACAUAUAUACGUACUUACAAUAUAAAAUACAAUUAGUAAAAUUUAAUUAUUUGUUACUUAUUUAUUUAUGAAACAAAAGGAUUUAUUUUUUUGUUACUUAUUUUUUGAGUCACGUAGUACUAGGGUGACUCUUAUUUGGGAAAAAUAACGAGCAGCCCUAUAUCGUACGACUUGUGAAAUUA